AUGGCUGACUCUGCACUUCGUCCAAGGAAGGACCUCCCUUCCGACCUCCUCACCGAGAUCGCCUGCCGCUUACCGUGCCUCAUCGACCGCCUCGGCAUGUCGAGGACAUGCCGCGAUUGGUGGUUGGCGGUCAAACGGUCGUCGCCCCCGCGUCAACUCCCAUGGCUCCUCCUCCCGGACCCCACCACUUCCCCUGUGAACACGGGGAGGGUAUCCUUUUACUGUGUGCUCGGCAAGGGCAACGGAGACACCCACAACCUCCGCAUCGGGGAAGACACUGGCAAUGCACGCUUCUUCGGCUCCUAUGAUGGUGGUUGGAUCUUGCUCGCCCAUGGGCAAACCGACCGCCACAUGCUCCUCAACCUCCAUACCGACCGGCGGUUAUUCCUCCCUGACCACGUCUAUUAUGUGUCACCUGAGGAAGGUACUGUAUUGACUCCCUUGUCCACAACCAUCCUAGUCGCCACCUUCUCUUCCCCGCCGGGUCAGAACACACAGUGCUUCGGCGCUGCCAUCAUCGACUCAACGUGGGGGGUGUGUCGCCCGCAACUUGCCUUCUGGAGCAUGGAGGUGUCCGGUGUUCGUCGUCCCGUGGCCAUGGGUUUCAUGAAGAGUUUAUGUGAACCGUGGUCCCGACCUGAGGAUGUCAUAUAUCACAGAGGAGCUUUCCAUUUCCUAACUGAUGCAGAGCAUGUUGUCGUGUAUGACAUAUUCGAGCUCCAAGAAGUUGAAGAAGGUAGGAGUAUAUGUUUGAGGAUUGAUGCACACCACUGCGAGUAUUUGAUGCACGGGGGACCUCGCGGCUCCACAUCAGUCAGGGCUCGCUACCUCGUGGAGUCCCGCGGGGAACUGCUGAUGGUCGUGAGAUACGCGGGAAAUUCUCCUGCAUGGUUCCCGCACACAGGGGGAUUCCAGGUGUACCAGGCAACGCAGCUCCCCACCGGCGCCAGCCAGGUUCAGCUCGUCUGGACCGAGCUGCAUUCGCUGGAUGGAAGGAUGUUGUUCGUGGCGCGGGGGUGCUCCAGGUCCUACGAGGUGGCUGAUUUCCCCGGCUCUGCCUUUGGAGAAGGCAUCUACUUCUUGGAUGACCGGAAAUCGAACGGCAUAGACAUGGUGUCCCUCGCAGCGCAUGCGGCGCCCCGGCGCUGGUACACCUGCAGUGACAACGGGAGGUGUCGGUUGGUGGUGGGGGAGCCGCGUCUUCAAGUCUUCCGCCGCUGGUUCACGAACAAGGAACACUCUGACUACUCGCCGCCGAUUUGGUGUAUCCCUUGA